CAGGCGCAUGUCAGGUACUCAUGUAUAUUUCGUCCGGUUUCAUUUUGUUCGUGUUGUGCAUAAACUACUGUUUAAUCGCGUGUAUCAAGAAUAAACGACGAUUGAAGUGCGUGACUUGACGAUCGAGACGAAGGGAAAGGACAAUAUGAGUGAGAUGACGAGUGCCGUUGAAACGCAGCAACAACAGCAACAGUACGUAGGCGGUAGUUCGAAUGCGGAGCAUCACUGCAAGGAUUGCGGUCUAAACUUCGAGAGCGAGAAGAGCCUGGAGGUGCAUCUGCGUUAUCAUCAAGAAAAUUUAUUAAAUCAAUGGGCCAAUAAGACACAGCAGGAAGAGAGCAAUAAUAACCAUAGCAAGACUGGUAAUCAUAAUAGUCACGUGAGCCGGGACAACGUGCCGGCGGACACAAGUGAACCAUCAUCGAUGUCGCCCUCUCAAGAUUUAACAUCCUCGCAACAAACACAGCAGCAGCAGCAAUCACAACCUCAGCAACAGUCUGCUAUACUUAUAUGUUCGCCGUACGAUUUUCGAACUCCAAUGUAUGGCGAGGGCAGCUACUUCAUGCAGAACGAUCAAAGUUUCGUCUUGCCUCAUCAUUUUUCGCCAUCACAGGAAGACGGCCAGAAUAACAGCAAUCGCGAUGGUGGUUAUCGCUAUCAUCCGUAUCAACAUCAGCAAUUAUAUCCCUCAGAUCGCACGACUUCUAACUCUACCAGUCCGCAAAGCCCGCCUUUUCACUGUGACAAGUGCGGCGCAGUGUAUGAGGACACGAAUCAAUUAGGUGAGCACAUGAGAACGAAUCAUUUGGACUCGCCUACCGCGUAUCCAUCCGCUCCUCAGUAUCAGCAACUGGGCAAUAGUCCUCAACAGCAAGGCCAGCAGAUGCACUCGUCGCCACCUCUCUCGAAUCAACCGCAACAAUCUGGUUACGAUUAUAACGGGGGACAGACGAUCAAGUCCGAGAUGAAGCAGGAACAGCCUGAAGAGCAAGCUGAGAUCCUUGAUUUGGAUUCUCAUAAGGUACACAGAGGAGGAUACGAAGAGGAGAUAAUGAGAUUGCAGCAGCAGCAGCAACAACAGCAGCAACAGCAGCAACAACAAGGACUUCAGAUGCAGAUGCAUCAUCAACAGGUGAUGCAACAACAACAGUCGCAGAGAAUAGAAUCGCUUUCGGUAAGUUCUAUGUUGAACUGGCAAACUAUGACUCAUGAUUAUGCUGGACACCCGACAAUGGGUUCCAUAAACAAUGUUCCACCUAUCGCUGAUCAGGAUCAAUACAUGCGCGGUCAACAUAUGCCUGUGGAGCAUGGGCAUCAGGGUUCACCGAUACUCACGAGCACGCAACCGAUACCGAGUCAUCAGAUAUCGGCUGGUUUCGUGCAGCAAACACCGAAAGCGCCGCCGUUGGCGAAUCAAUCUUGGAAAAGCAACGAGCCACGCCGUCCAAAAACAUACAAUUGCACUGCGUGCAACAAGUGGUUUACAAGUUCAGGGCAUCUGAAGAGACAUUACAACACUACGCUCCACAAGAAUGCUGUCAAGAAUGGAAAGGAACCUGAUCCAGCAACUCUACCGGUCACCACUCAUCAUCAUCCCAAUAGAGAGAAUAGCGCUGGUCACUCAACGAGCGGUAGGGGCGGUUGCGCUCCCUCGCGAUCUCCACCGGACUCUUCGCGGAGUCCCCCAAACUUGAUGGCAGGUCCCUCGGGCGAGGCGACGGGGGGCCUGCUUCACACGCCCACCACGCUCUGCAACAACAAUUCCAGCAGCAACAGCAGCAGCGAAUCUUUAGCGGUCCUGGUGCAGCAGCAGCAGCCGCAAUUGAUCCCUCUAGGAAUAAUCAAUACCCCGGUGUCAUCGGCGAGGCACCAUCAGCAACAAAUGGGUACUGCGCCUCACCAACUGGGCCUCCAGCAGCAGCAGCAACUUCACCUGCCAACGGGUUCGUCGGGCCAGCCGGUGCAUCAUUCCACGACUUCGCCCACCAUGCCCCCACCGGCGGCAUCGCACAUGAAUUGCCCUUCACCAAUGGAUUCAUCAUCCCACCCGGUUCAUCACAUGAACUCGCCGCCCGGCUCGGGCCAUCCAGCAAUGACUUCGUCCACGGUGAUGGGGGGUACUACGAUGCCUCCUCAGCCGUACCCAAACGCCUUGCCCCCCCACGUUACAAUUACUACCAACAUCCCGGCGGUCCCACUGGAAUCUACCCAAGCACAUACCACCAUACAGCUAGUUACUAUUGGUAACGACCAAAACAAGCAGUCACUACGUCGCUUGUUGCCCGGUUUUAAUACCAUCAUGCCGAAUUUCUCGGAAUUUGAAUUCGUCGUAGAUCAAAGCCAGACACAGACCGUUAACGUGGGGGGGCUAAAUGUGGAGGAGAUCGCUCCUCAAGAGUCCUUCGAAGCUUCAACAUCGACUUAUGACCCAUACUCGCCAACGCGUUACAAGUCGUUAAAUAAUAUAGACAUGACGAUGUUGCAAACAAAUGAAAGCAAUAUGAUGCAGCAAGAUCAAUCAGAUAUAGAAAUUAUGAGAUAUGAAUUCGAACGAAAAAUUGAUAUGCAGAAUAACAAUCAUCUAACGCAGGUAAGACAAGCAAAAGAGGAUUUGGAUCCAAAUAUCGGCUUGCAGUUAAAGAAAGAGCGUAAAAGCAAAGGUAAUACAAAUAAGCAAAAUGUCACCACCAUCAGUAGUAGUCAUUAUAUCUCGCAAGACGGCGUCUACAAGUGUCUCGAAUGCAAUAAGAAUUUCAACAAGCCCUGCUAUUUGACACAGCACAACAAGAGCUUUCAUUCGGGCAUUAGACCGUUUAAAUGCCAGCAGUGCGGCAAACGGUUUUCAAACGAAGAGAGAAACAAAAAGCAUUCGGAAAUGCACGCGUUGGCCAGAAAACAUCAAUGCGACACGUGCCCAAAGGUGUUCGCUCAUAAAACUGAUCUUAAACGGCACAUUUGCAUCCACACUGGUACAAGGCCGUUUAAAUGUGAUACUUGCGGCAAGGGAUUCAUCAGACACGAUCACAUGAGGAAACAUAAGGAAACACAUAACAAAAAAACGCGGGUAAACAAUCAACGGCAAGCCGCUCAGCGACUCAGUAAUUCACGAUACAAUGCUCAACGAGGCAACGCUCAACGGCCCAACAAUGUUCAACGGGUCAACGUUCAACGGUUGCAAUUCAGUAUCAACUGCAUGAAGUUAUAAAGACAUGUCCUUGGGAUGUCUACGUUCGAUUGGAUUGUCGGAUGCGCAACCUCGAGAUCGUCCUAAUAACAAAACGCGAGACUACGAAUUCUAAGUGAGAAAUCAAUCAACGAGCUGCGUGGCGGCUGCUAUUAUAUCUCGCCGCGAAAAAUUCACGAGCAACCGACGAUGUAUCGUCUUAUGAGUGUGACAAUCGAGAUCCACGAAAUGUGACAUGUUUGCUUAAAUGCAUAUCCUGAGCGCGCAUUUAACGCUGAAUGCGACCGAAUCAUAUUUGUCCGAUACAAAAGAGAUGAAGCUUAGUAUAAAAAGACAAGGUGGCAAUCCUCGGACGGCCACAUUCCAGCGAUACUUGCGCGAUACAAUCACGAGUCUUACGUGUCUCGCAGAGGUGAAAUCAUUCCGAAAAGAUGAAAGAAAAAAAAUCGGCAAUUGUCCAAGAUUGCCGAAUCGCAAUACUUGUUAGCUCAUUGCCGAUCGGCAACAUCGGGGAAGCCAUCCAGCCGCAAGUCGCGGUUUGCGCGCGCAUUUCUCGUAUAAAAAUACAAUUAACUCUGUAACUACUAGCCCUUUCGAGAGGAGCACACUGCCGCCACGAGACAAAUUCAAAGGGAAUUAAGAAGCGAGGGAAGCCAUGAAAUAAAGAGCUCGAGCGGAUCUCGAUCAUGCAAACCGCGUAGAUUUGUAUACGGGUGCGUCCGCACUCGUGCACCCGUACUGCGCCGAUUACGUAUAUGACGAACGCCAUACACAAGUACCUCAUGAUACAAAACACAUGUACAAAUGUUCAUACGUUUUCAAAAUAAUAUUAGCUAAUUAAUAAAUAAUGAGUAUCCA